AUGAUCCUAUCUCGCCAAAUUGCAGCAUUUGCUGCAUUGAUUACAUCUGCCUCUGCUUCGUGUUCAUGGAGAACCUUUUUGGAGCCCUAUUCCGCUAGCAGUGCUGGACACGUCCCGGUGUCUACCUUCAAUUACACUGGUGAAGGCGGCCCGCUUCACUGGACCGGCCUCAAUCCCAUUGCCAACUGGCAGUGCGGCUACGAUUCUACCCAGUCACCCAUUGCCAUAGACUCGCAGACCAUCCGAUAUGCACGCAAAGGCACGGUCAAGAUAGAUAUUCCAACCGCAAGGAUGGCAGACUUUGAAAACCUUGGCUCCACCGUUGAGGUGCCUGCUAGCGGAAAGCUCACGGUCAAAGGCAAGGUCUAUAACCUUGUACAAUUUCAUUUCCACACCCCAAGUGAACAUCGAAUUGACGAGGAAUACUCACCUAUGGAGAUCCAUUUCGUUUUCCAAAGGGGUAAGGAGCCACAUAUAAAUUUACUCAAUCUCAAGACUGUGUUGGCAACUAACCCACUAGUAGUGAAGGAGAAAUCCAUCGCCGUCGUUGGGUUUAUGGUGGAGCUAUCGCCGUACGGACGUUCUACCCCACUGUUGACCCAAGUUUUUGCGAAUCUACAUAAGAUAUCAACUCCCGGAUCAGUCACCAAAAUAAGACAACUGGACUUCUCCAGUGUGGCUGAUAGCUUGCACAAGAACGAUAUUUUCACCUACACAGGCUCACUUACAACCCCUCCAUGUAGCAACAAGAUAUCGUGGUAUAUUAGUGCCGCACCGCUUUCUCUCGACGUGGUUACUUUCAAUGCCGUCAAGAAGGUUGUCAAGUUCAAUUCCCGAUAUACCCAAAACACACUGGGGAGGGUGAACUUGUUGGAAGUCGCAGCAGGUGAUAUUGGGUGUGCAAAAAGCCAAAUGCGUGUUCAAUCUGACCCGUAG